AGUUUAAAACGCAUUGGUUGACUGCAGUUUCCGCCCUGUUGCUGUGUCUCACGCGCAUGCCGCACAGUGAUGCAAAAGCCUGUGCGUCCAGCGCACUUCAGAGCGGAGCAACUGUUGUUUUGGAUGUCGUCAACUCUAGAUGCGCUACACUAAGAAAUGCAAUGCAGAGUAAACUCCACCCGACUUCAACAAACCUACCUCAUUACAUUUAAGCUUCUCUGAUGUUCCUUAAGAGAACCCACCUGUUGCGCCUUCAAGUUGAAGAUUAAAAGACAUCUAUGAAGUAAACAAAAACGUCUGACCGCUUUCUGGCUUCUUGGACAUAGAUUGAGACCUUGUGAUGGGUGAGGUAGUAAAGGACCAGAAGACAGAAAGGAUGUCCAGCAAAAGUCUAGAGAAAAGUCAACAAAUCGAACGGUCUGCACAGGACGGCGGAUGGGGCUGGAUGAUUGUUGCUGGUUGUUUCCUUACCACUGUUUGCACACGUGGUGUCACCAGGUGUGUGUCCAUCUUCUUUGUGGAGUUCCAGACAUAUUUUUCCAGAGAUUAUUCCGCAACUGCGUGGAUCCACUCCCUGUUGGACUGCACUACAAUGUUAUGUGCUCCAUUGGGUAGUUAUAUCGGGAACCGCCUCUCCUCCCGUAUAGCUAUCAUAAUUGGUGGGAUACUUUCCUCUGCCGGCCUGCUGCUCAGUUCAAUGGCCACCAGCCUUGAGUUUCUGUACCUUACACUGGGUGUUGUCACAGGUCUGGGAUUUGCUCUCAGCUACACGCCCGCAAUUGCCAUGGUGGGUUCUUACUUCACCGAGAGGAAAGCGCUAGCUUACGGAAUCUCCAUGUCGGGAAGCGGCAUAGGAACUUUCAUUCUGGCUCCUGUCGUGCAACUCCUCAUCGAGCGCUUUUCAUGGAGGGGGGCGCUGCUUAUUUUAGGGGGAUUGGUAUCGCACCUGUGUGUCUGUGGAGCCCUCAUGAGACCUUUGGGGGGCCAGAGUAGAAGGGAGAAGAUGGAGUUGGAGAACACCAAAAAAGUUGAUUUGCAGAAUGUGAAACAAGCAAAUGCAAAACGCAAUGCACAAGAUAUUACGCAGAUAGAUGGAAAAACAGAGAAGGACACAGACGUAGAGUCCGCAAGGGAUCUGCAAAAUGGUCGUAAAGAACAUAUGGGGAUAGAUGAUACAGAAAAACACUCCAGCGAAGAGCUGAAACAGAAGAUCGUAGAACAUCCAAGGACGAACGAACUGAACAAAGACUUACAUCUCACUUUCCGAGAUUUAGUACAAUCAGGUGACCCGCAUUCGUGCUUUUUGCCCAUCAACCGGGAAAACAUAACAAUCCCAUUGUCAAAGUCUCAAUCAAUAGUUAACUUUAACCAAACCGCUCUGAUACAUUCAACGGUGGCAAACACAAAGAUGCUGGAUGAGCCUACGAACAGUAUAUGUUCCAAACUAAGAGAUACAAUAUCGAGGGAAACUUCCUUCCUGUUGAUACCAGACUUCCUACUGUUGCUGGUGUCCUUCUUGUUCCUUGCGUACGGUUGCAGUGUGCCGUUUGUUUAUCUAGUGCCAUAUUCCGUUGGUGCAGGCAUCAGCCCCCAGCAAGCGCCGUUGCUUAUGUCCAUACUUGGAGUUUCAGGGAUUGUGGGUACUAUCACUUUCGGAUGGAUUGCAGACAGAAAGUGUUUGAGGUCAUAUCGGAUGGUGAGCUACAUGCUGGCUGUGGGGUCAGAAGGCCUCAGUUGUCUUUUCCUGCCUCUCCUGAGAAGUUUUGCCCUGCUGGUGCCAUUUUCUAUCUUCUAUGGCUACUUUGAUGGAGCUUACGUGGCACUGAUCCCUGUGGUGACUUCUGACACUGUUAGCCCCAAACACCUUACAUCAGCGCUGGGAGUGGUUUACUUUCUUCACGCCAUCCCCUACCUCAUCAGCCCACCUAUUGGAGGUUGGUUAGUGGAUCAGACAGGGUCCUACACUAUGACUUUCCUCCUCAGUGGAAUCUCUCUAAUCUGCAGUGCUGUGAUUUUGGGUGCUGUCAGAUUUAUCCUCCAUUGCACUAGAGGGCGCUCUUCCUUAAACUGACACCAAAACAGGCUAACAGAUCUUCAAACAUUAAGCAUACAAAAACAAUCACUUUCAAGAAACAUGGAAGUAUAAUAAAAGUGUCACCUCCAGAGAAAACUGAUCUAUUGCCAAAAUGUAGAAAUAUACCAGCGUUUGUUUAUGGAUUCUGUACAAUCCAUUUAUAGUGAUCAAGAAACUCAAAUAAUGCCUUGUUAGGCCUUUUAAACAAAAAUAUACAAGAGAUUCAUUUCAUUUGUCAUGGGCUCCUGCUGUUGAACAACUAUGAAUAGAAAUCGGUGUGAAAAUGUGUCCUAUUUUAUUACAACACAUAGCAGGAAGCAACAUACAAACAUUCCACACAUUACAAACAGUAGGCCUACCAUGUAAAAAUCGCCUUGAAGACAUUUACAUACUAAGCUCAUUUUAAGAAAAUGUUAUCUUGUCUAAACAUUAUUAUAUUAUUUUAAAGCACUUAUGGUAUCGAGUCCUCUGGGCAAAAUUGUAUGAAUGUGUCAACAUAUGGGCUGGUGAUGUUCUAUCCACAGAUUUUCUUGUUUGUCCACAUACAUCACAGCCACAUCCACAAUUCAUUUGAAGAUUACCGGAUACAGUAUGAAGAAUUUAAUUCCAAAAUGAGAUUAAUUUUUUUCAUCAAAAUAAUGCUUUUUUACUGUGCAUUCCAAUGAAUAUCAAUAAAACUGAAGUUGGUUUCUUUCGAUUUAAGCCAUAAUAACUCAGAUAAAUACGGCUAACUAUCACAAUAAAAAUACAUGAUUUUUUUUAAA